GUUAAAGGUUUCGCAAAUUCGUUGUCGGCGAGCGGUUUACGAGAACAAUCGGAGCUUGACGCGUUCGAAAACUACAAAAGCCGAACUAAUUAAAAGGGAAUCAGUCGUGGAACCGUUAACACCGACUGAAAAUUCAGAUCGAGUUGGACUCAUCGCUAGGCCGCACGACGACUGGCCGGCCAAUGACGCGUCUCCUGCACCACCAUAGCGACGCAAAUCAAAUAUUAAUCGUGCAAUUAGCGCCGAUUGUACUUUAAUCGGUGUUGCUUUUUUAACCCCCUUUCCAUUACAUGCCCACCCUACUGGUUCCCCUACCUCUACCCCUCCCCCUCCUAUUACAAACUUCUCUUUAUCCUUCUCCCUCUAACUAUGCAUGCUUUUCUUCGAACCUUGCAAGCUUGCAAAACGUUUGACAUCGUUGCAACCAAACGCAUCCGACAAAAUAUUCGACUCGAUAUGACAUAUAUAUACUAUACAUCUAUAUUUGUGUUUGUGUAUAAUUCGUAGAAUGUACAUGCGUGAUAGAAGAACAGGAUACGCCUCGUCACCUCCAUUAAUAUCAAAUUAUAAGCAAAUUGCAUGAGCUAACGGAACAAUGCAUCAAAAUAUGAAAACUCUAACUCUCAAAUAGUAUGCAAUUUUCCUUACAAGUCUUGUCUAAUAAUUUUAAAAAAGAAAUAAAACAAUAACAGCUUAAUAACGAACACCAAAUCGUUUGAAAUUUUUCUUAUAUUUUACGGCAAAAUUGAAAUCAUUUAAAAUUGCUCCCCAGCUAAUCUGAUCUAAUUACUAAAAAAUGAACAAUCUCCAAAAGUAAUGAUAAAAAUAUGAAGAAAAUUAAUGCAUACAAAUGAAUAACGUGCAGGCAAUGGUAAGCAGGGCCGUUACUAUGGGGGCGGUGCCAGGUGCCGCCGGAGUUUCCGGUGAGGCUGGUUUGGCCGGUGUACCUAGACUUUUGGAAGAUUUAGCAAGACUAUCCGAGGACAAGGACACUGCUGACAUCGUAUUCCUUUUGGGUAGAGACGAGACGCCGGUUUAUGCGCACAGAAUCAUACUACAAGCAAGGUGCAAGAAUUUCGCAGCCGCUAAAAGGAUUGGCACGCCUGGAAACCCGACACCCGUUAGAAUGCCACACGCUCAUCCGGAAACCUUCAGGCAGUUCAUUCAUUACAUCUAUACCGGCAAAAUCAUGCUACAAGAUAGUGGAAUAUUCGAGAUGUUAGGUCUUGCUCAAGAACUCGGUGUCGAGGAACUUUGGAGGAGUUGCGAGGAACACGUAUCGGCCACACUAAGUCCUGGAAAUGCAUGUGCCCUUUUGACCGCAGCUUUGGAUGCCCAGGAACGAGUACCAGGUGGGAAAGGUGCUUGUUCAUCCUUUAUCGAGAGAUGUUUUGCAUUUAUCGGAGAAAAUGCAGUGGAUACGGUAAAAACAACAGCAUUUUGUAAUCUUCCAAAAGAUGCCCUUGUCAAAUUGAUAUCUUCUGACUAUCUUGGCUUAGAAGAGGAAGAUGUAUGGAGAGCAGUAUUGAACUGGGCCAAGUAUCAGGCAGGGGUGACGCAGCCUACACAACAUUGGACCGAAGAGGAACGAGUGAGGGUCUGCCAACAUUUGUCCGGAGUAAUAAAUCAUGUUCGUCUACUACUCAUCGAUAGCCAGGUCUUUGCGGAAGAAGUUGAACCAACUGGAGCUGUACCAAUUGAAUUAUCUUUGGAAAGAUACAGAUAUGCAGCACUACCAAGCAAGUAUGCAGAAAUUUGUUCGGAUAAGAGAUUACAACCGAGAGUAAGUCCUUUUCUAUUUCCUGGAUCACAAAUUCUAUCAAGAGACAAGAUAGGAUAUCAACGAUUAUUGAAUCAGUGGUAUGGUUCACCUAAACAAAGUUGGCGUUUGAUUUAUAGAGCUUCUGGUCAUGGCUAUUCUGCAACCUCUUUUCAUCGUCAUUGUGAUGGUAUUUCUCCAACAUAUGUAAUAGCAUUAGGAACACGUGGAGAAAUAUGCGGUGGAUUUAGUGACGCACCAUGGGGUAAAACUAACGCUAAAGGACACUAUAUUUCAUCGGAAAAAGCUUUUCUAUUUACAUUAACUAAUAAUCAGGAUAUACCUCCAACCAAAUAUGAAAUUGUUAAAAAGCCCUUUGCUAUCUAUUAUCAUCCUGACAUAGGACCCAUAUUCGGUGCAGGUGCAGAUCUAUUAAUAUCCAGUAACUGUAACGUAAACAUGGAAAGUUACAGUAAUCUUCCUCACAGUUAUGAUGGAGAAAAUGCUUCGAACACAAUACUCAUGGGAGAUUAUCAUUUUUCUGUAGUAGAUUAUGAGGUCUUUACACCUAGCCAUCAUACCCCUAAAUCGAAUCACUGAUAAUUCGUACGAUAUUUUGAAACAUAGUACAAUAUUGUAAAUACUCUGAUUUACAUGCUCUCUUAUACAGACUGAGAUUAUUUUAUACACGUAAUGUAGUUUAAUAUUUUUCAAUCAUAGUACGUUAAUGAAAUAUCUAUCGGGAUAUCAAAUACAAUUAUAAUUCUAUAUUUUAUACGAUAACUAAUAGAACAAAUUGUAUAA